UUGAAAGGUUUCUAGCGCGACCUCCUGUACUGUAGAAUGUAGUAUGGACCAUAGGACAGGACGAAGAAGUCCCGUUAAGAAGCUGUGGAGGCCUAAGAUGCUCUACUAGUCUGCUGGAAAUCCAAAGAAGACGAAGGAGUAAAAAGCAAAAUGGCGUUUGACAGAGACGGCCUAAACGUGGCCACUGGCCAUUAUUGUUUCUCUAUUUGUAUUUAGUGCAUACAUGUACGCAUAUAUGUCGUGUAGUAGAUGAAACAUUGUUAGUCAUUGUUUGUAUCCGGAUACAUUAGUCUGAGCGCACUUUAUGUGCUAGCUUAGCUUGCUAGUUAGCUUAGCUUGUUAGCUGCUAACAAAGAGACGCGGACGUUAUCGACACAUCGCUAAGUAGAGAUCAAAUGUGAGUGUAAAGUGUUGUGAUUGUGUGAAAAUGUGCGAAAGAACGAUAGCAAAGUAUGAGGAGGAACUUUGUCCAACAAAAGAGGAGAAGGAGCGACAACAUCAACUUAUGGACGCUGUUUUCAAGAAACAUCAAGUUGUGUUACACAGAACAGACGUCCAGCAGCCCCCUCACAUUAAAGAAGAAGAGGAUGAUCCACAGCCCCCCCACAUUAAAGAGGAAGAGGGAGAGUGUCUUCUAGGGCAGGAGGAUGAUGAUGUUACCAAGUUUCCACUGACUGUUGUCUCUGUGAAGACUGAAGAGCAUGAAGACAAACCACCUGAGUCCUCACAGCUUCAUCACAGUCCAAACGUCCAGCAGCCCCCUCACAUUAAAGAGGAAGAGGAGGAUCCACAGCCGCCCCACAUUAAAGAGGAAGAGGAGGAAGUGAGGAUCAGUCAGGAGGGAGAGUGUCUUCUAGGGCAGGAGGAGGAUGAUGUCACCAAGUUUCCACUGACUGUUGUCUCUGUGAAGACUGAAGAGCAUGAAGACAAACCACCUGAGUCCUCACAGCUUCAUCACAGUCCAAACGUCCAGUGGGUGUCAGCGGGGAGUCAUGAAGAGGAGUGGCACACCAGUGUGGGACAGAAGGAGCUACAGGCUUCCUCCCACAUUAAAGAGGAGCAGCUUCAUGAUGAAGAUGAAGCUCAGUCCUUACAGCUUCAUCACAGUCAAAGUGAGGAGAACAGAGGGGCGGAGCUUGUAAGUCAACACAUCACAGAAGCUGAUGGACAGCAUUGUGAAGAUAUAAAGUCAGAACCAGACAGCAUCUUUGCUCCACUGUCAGACAUGGACGACAUGAUGUCAAACUCCUCUGAUCACAGUGACCACAUCCAAAAACCUUUGGAGAGUAAAAAUGACUCUAAAGGUGAUACGAGACAUCACACUAACAACAAACACUUUGACUGCUCUCAAUGUGGGAAAUCAUUUAGACUGAAGAGUAACUUUACAAGACACAUGACAACACAUAAUGGGGAGAAACCUUUUACUUGCUCUGUUUGUAAGAAGAGUUUCUCCACAAAGCAAAGCAUGACCAGACACAUGAGAACACACACUGGAGAGAAACCUUUUACUUGCUCAGCUUGUGCUAAAAGAUUCAACACUAAGAAGGAAAUUAUAUUACACAUGAGAACACACACAGGUGAGAAACCUUUUACUUGCUCCAUUUGUAAGAGGAGUUUCUCCAGAAAGGAACGCAUGACCAUACACAUGAGAACACACACUGGAGAGAAACCUUUUUUUUGCUCAGCUUGCGCUAAAAGAUUCACCACUAAGAAUGACAUGAUAAUACACAUGAGAACACACACCGGUGAGAAACCUUUUACUUGCUCUGUUUGUAAGAACAGUUUCUCCAGAAAGGAACACAUGUCCAUACACAUGAGAACACACACUGGAGAGAAACCUUUUCCUUGCUCAGCUUGUGCUAAAAGAUUCAACACUAAGAAGGAAAUUAUAUUGCACAUGAGAACACACACAGGUGAGAAACCUUUUAUUUGCUCUGUUUGUAAGAAAAGUUUCUCCAGAAAGCAAAUCAUGACCAGACACAUGAGAACACACACUGGAGAGAAACCUUUUCUUGCAGUGUUAGAAUAAUUAUGUAUAUAUUAUCACACUACCUUUAGUAUGCUUAAAGUCUGUUGCUUUAGUUAUUAGUUAUUGUGCUCAAGUUAGACUUUUCUAUUUGUGCAAGGACAAAAACUUCUUGUCUGAGGGGUGGCCUCAGCCACAGAUGUUAUCUUUAUUUUGGCCCGCUAACAGCCAAGGACUUCAAGGACCUCAACGAAGAUAAGAUGACAACACGCAGAUGAAGCGGAGACAAGGCGAAAUCACAAGGCCCCCAGCACAUUCCGUCACGUGUGCGUCCUGGACUUGCUUUGCAUACAUACUUGCCAACCCUCCCGUUUUUAGCGGGAGAAUCCCGAUAUUCAGCGCCUCUCCCGACAACCUCCCGACAGAGAUUUUCUCCCGACAAACUCCCGGUAUUCAGCCAGAGCUGGAGGCCCCCCCCCCCCCCCCCCAAAAAAAAAAGUCUGCCGCAGCUGCGAUUGGACCUGACCAGCCUCCGGGUACGCCAGGGAAGAUCUUCCCCAGGAAGCAAGGAUUGACCGGUUUUGGGCCAUGCUAGGGAGAGAUGGAAGAUUCCACACUCUCGUGCAUUUGAUGAAAGCACUUUUGUGCGUGCCACACAGCAAUGCAUCAUCAGAGAGGUUGUUCAGUAUGGUUAGAAAAAUAGUGACAGAGAAUAGAAAGAGGAUAGACAAUUCAACCCUUAACAAAGCAUUGUACUUCCAAGUACAACAAUGAGUAGAUGAGUGUUUGAGUUUGAGUUUGAGUUUGAGUUUAUUUCGAACAUGCAAGCAUACAACAUGAUACAUCACAAUUUCCAGUUUCUCUUUACAACAUGUUCAAAAAUGAGUAGGAAGAAGCAGAGCUUAUUUAAUCCUACCCCUUUUCUUUACAUAACAGUUGCUGAAACUUUUUUAUUCACUUCCUGUUCUCAAUUUAUUCACAAUAAACUCCAUAGGUAAUCACAAUAAAAAUAAAUAAAUAAAUAAUAGUAAGAAUUUAAUAAUAAUAAUUGGUGAAGUAAGUCAUAUUUCAUAUGAUGAGAUAAGUAAGAUUACUUUAAGAAUGAAUGAAUGGAUGGAUGAAAUAAAUUGAGAAUGUUUGUCAUGGUUCUUCUUUGUACUUUGUAAACACUUUAAGUUUGAAGAGUUUCUUGAAGUGUAUCAUAUUAGUACAUUGUUUGAUUGCUUUGCUUUAUCCAUUCCAUCAUUUAAUUCCACAUUCUGAUAUACUGAAGGUCUUAAGUGUUGUACGUGCAUACAAAUGUUUUAAAUUACGUUUUUCUCUAAGAUUAUAUUUCUCCUCUUUUGUUUAGAAGAAUUGUUGUACAUCCUUGGCUAG